AGUUGAUGGAUAGAGAUAUGGACUACGAAAGGCCAAAUGUAGAAACAAUCAAGUGUGUGGUUGUGGGUGACAAUGCAGUUGGAAAGACCAGACUUAUCUGUGCGAGAGCAUGUAAUGCCACCUUAACACAAUACCAGCUACUGGCUACACAUGUACCAACAGUCUGGGCUAUUGACCAGUACCGUGUCUGCCAAGAGGUCCUGGAACGUUCCCGUGAUGUAGUUGAUGAUGUCAGUGUAUCAUUGCGACUCUGGGAUACAUUUGGUGAUCAUCACAAGGACAGACGGUUUGCCUAUGGCAGGUCUGAUGUGGUUGUGCUCUGUUUUUCAAUUGCUAAUCCCAACUCUCUGCACCACGUCAAAACCAUGUGGUACCAGGAAAUUAAACACUUCUGCCCACGAGCACCUGUCAUCUUGGUUGGUUGCCAGCUGGACUUGCGGUACACAGACUUGGAAGCAGUUAAUCGCGCACGAAGACCUCUUGCCAGGCCAAUAAAACACAAUGAGAUCUUGCCUCCUGAAAAGGGUCGAGAGGUUGCCAAAGAACUCGGAAUCCCCUACUAUGAAACCAGUGUGGUUGCCCAAUUUGGCAUUAAGGAUGUAUUUGAUAAUGCCAUCAGAGCUGCCUUGAUUUCCAGGCGACAUCUCCAGUUCUGGAAGUCACAUCUAAGAAAUGUUCAAAAGCCUUUACUGCAGGCACCGUUCCUGCCUCCCAAACCACCUCCACCCAUCAUCACCAUCCCUGACCCUCCCACAACCAAUGAAGAACAUCCUGCCCUGCUGUUGGCCAAUCCCCUUUGUGCAGAUGUCAUCUUAGUGCUUCAGGACAAGGUUAAAAUCUAUGCUCACAAGAUUUAUUUGUCUACCUCCUCCUCAAAGUUCUAUGACUUGUUUCUAAUGGAUCUCAGUGAAGAACAAGAGACUGGUGGUGAAAGACCAAUGAGUCACAGUGACAGGCAGGGCAGGGAAUAUCUAAUGAGAGCUGCCAGUUUUGAUGUCAGUGAAAGCACAGAUGAAGUUACAACCAUCCAACCAUUAUCAAGUCUUAGGGCUUCCACGAGUGACAGCAUCUUGAAACUUAAUGCCUCUGAUAACAGUGCAAGAGCAAAGGCUUGGUUCAAAAGAGGAAAGGUUCUCUCAUCGUGGAGCAGAGCUUUCAUUAGCAUCCAAGAAGAAAUGGCAGAAGAUCCUAUCAAUUUUAACAAUCGGCUGAUGACUGUCGUCAGGAUGGACUACUCCGUUCAUCCUGACGCAUUCAGUGCGGUAAUGCGCUACUUGUACACUGGUCAGCUGGAUGAGAAUGAGAAGGAGCUGAUGCAGAUUGCCCACAUUGCUGAGCUUCUGGAGGUUUUUGACUUGCGUAUGAUGGUGGCCAAUAUCUUGAAUAAUGAGGCCUUCAUGAACCAAGAGAUUACCAAAGCAUUCCAUGUAAGGAGAGCAAAUCGAGUGAAAGAAUGCCUUGCCAAAGGGACCUUCUCGGAUGUGGUAUUUAAGCUGGACGAUGGAACAAUCUGUGCCCAUAAACCCUUGCUGAUCUCCAGCUGUGACUGGAUGGCAGCAAUGUUUGGAGGUCCAUUUGUGGAGAGUUCAACCAAAGAGGUGUACUUCCCAAACACAAGCAAGAGCUGUAUGCGAGCAGUGUUGGAAUAUCUGUACACAGGACAGUUCUGCUCUAGCCCAGACCUGGAUUCAAUGGAGCUCAUUGUGUUGGCAAACCGCCUCUGUCUACCUCACCUGGUAGCACUACAGGUAAAAUACACUGUAUGUGGGUUGAUUGAAGCAACACAGAUGGGUGUGGACAUAGAUGGAGAUGUUUUACUGUUCUUGGAAAUUGCUCAGUUCCAUUGUGCCCAUCAACUCUCUGAAUGGUGCCUGCACCACAUCUGUACAAACUACAACAACGUUUGUCGCAAGUUUCCCAGGGAAAUGAAAGCAAAGUCUCCCGAAAACCAGGACUACUUUGAAAAACACCGUUGGCCUCCUGUGUGGUUUCUCAAAGAAGAUGAUCAUUACCAGCGAGCGAGGAGAGAGCGUGAUAAGGAGGACUACUUGUGCCAGAAACGUCAGUUAAAGCGCAAGUGGUUCUUCUGGAAUACAAGCUCACCAUCUGCAGCCUCCUCCUCCUCCACAGUCAUCUGAGGACAUGGCGUGGAUCGAAGAACCCUUAUUUUAAACUAACAGUUAAUCCAGCAUCCAACAGUUUGAAGGCCUUCUUCCGAGUCAGCCAAAUGCUUACCAGGUUUUAACGACCAGCAGCCAGACCACUGCAGUCUGGAUAGAUCAUGGCAAUCAAAGUGAGUUUUUAUUUCCUGAUGGUCAGUGCUAACUUCUCCCACUCUCUGACACUGACACACACACACACACACACACACACACACACACACACACACACACACACACACACACACACACACACACACACACACACACACACACACACACACACACACACACACACACACACACACACACACACACACACACACACGACAUUAGACUGUAAAGCAGACAUGGGUGUGGUUAUUUAGCACAAUGGUUCAGUUCUAGAAAGCAUGAUACUCUUCCUUGCAUGGAUCUUGCUGUGGCUGAGCCAGAUUGAUUACAAAUUGAUAUAUAUUCCAGAAAUCAUAUUUGGGUAUAAGCUGGAUGCUCUGCUGAGUUCAUAUUCUCACCUAAUACCUUCUCUUAGAAAGAAUAAAUCAGGGUUUCAUUUAAUGGAAAUUGAGGAAUAAGAUACUGGGCUUAUUUCUUUUUACUUAACGGUUGAACAGUUGAUUAGAAAAGCAAUCCCUGAAUUUGUUGUUUCCUCAUUUGCACACUGAGCUUAUGUACAAGAUGUACAUAUUUUAUAUUCAAAAAUAUUCAGAAAAAAAUAAACAGAAUUUAUUAGCAAAUAGAUCUGAAUCAGGAACAAUGCUGUUCCUUUUCUACUUUACAUGCAAAUUGAAGGGUUGCAAAGCAGUGCAUGAGAAAGUGGAAUUCACAUGUGACCCUGUGUCUCUGGUUGCAACAUAAGGUGAUGUGGUACUAGAACCAGACAUGUAGAAUAUUUUUCCUCGCAACACUCUAGUGAUUUACAGUUAUAGUGGGAAAAAAAUGUUUUUUGCCUGUGAUAAUUUUCAAAUUGUGAUAUUUUACUAAACGAAAAUCACAGUUUUUCUACCACUGUGUUUUGACUAAACUAAAUCAACAGGACAACUGUAGGAAGGCUGACCUAGGAUCAUAUUAGCAACAAAAAAGUGUAUAGCUGGAUUAUUUUCAUGCAACUAUUGUGCAGUCACAUGCAUUCAAUGUUGCUUUGUGAGUGUUGGCUUGUUUCAGGGACAUUCUCCAUUUGUAAAGUGAAUGGGGACCUGGAAUGGAAUCUGAAAAAAGAUGAUAACCUUUUUACCAUUCCUUUAGGUUCUGACAGGAAAGGUCACGUAAUCUAUAAUUUCAGUGAUUAGGUAGAAGAUUAGGUAUAGAUAUUUUCAGUUUGCAAACAAAGAAUUGAUGACUGUAGAUGGUUCAGCACAUUGAACCCAUGCACCAUUUGAUUAGCUGCUAUGGAUCAUGUGCUUGCAUUGCACGUAAUCCUUGGUGCUCUGGCCUUUGAGUAGCACCCAGAUUAUCCAAGACAUUUAUGCACCAAUAACAGAGUGUUUAAUGGAUUGAUUCGAAAUAAGGAAUAUGUAAUAAGCAGCUUGGUCAUUCAGUAACAAGGUGGGAUCUCUUGUCGGAAGAAAUCCCAAAAAAGGCUAUUAGGUGUCAAUUCCAUGUGACAAUAGUCAAAGCAAGUUAAAGUGUCUGUUACAUUUUGUGAAAUACUUCUUCAUAUCUGAACUCAGUGCAGCCAAUUUUUUGGUCUCCAACCGACCCAAUGUUGAGUUAUUGUAAUUUUACUCACAGAACUCCUUCUGAGAGGUGAAAAUGUCUGCAUUGUGAGGCCUUUUUCCCUUCUAAUUUAUUAUUUUUUGUAGGAAUCUAAAGCUCUGUAGACUGCUGAAAGGAUCAAAUGUUUACAUUAUUUUAUUGCUUGUCGAGAAUUUAAUAAGAAAUUGCUUUAAAGAAAUAGGAUUUUGUUUUGACUGGUUUAAUGGGCAGUGAUUUAGUUCAAGGGUAAGAGAAAUGUGAAGGUAUUUUAAAUGUCGUCAUUGAUAGGUUUUCUCUCUUGACUGUGGACCUUUUGUAUAAAUAAACCAGAGCUCUUGCAUAGAUGUGGUUUAAACUUUUCUCUCUCCCUUGUAAACCAUGUUGUAGAAUGUGCCAAUUUGUGGUUGAGAAGUUGUUUGUUGUUAAGGUAGAGCAUUAGUGGUGCAUUAGUCCAUCAAACUACAAAGUUUGGAUGAAAAUUCGUCAGCCUGAAAUGUUAACUGUUUCUUUAUUAGAAUUGUGAUUGAAUUGGAAACUUAACAGGAAACUUAUAGAAUUUCUGUAAGAAGCAUUGUAUUGAGAUUACUCUCUAGGUUGAGGACUUGAUUUCGUAUUCCAUGUACUGAUCAAUGAGUUCCAAACACGAAAAACUGAGGUUAUUUGAUGGAGACCUGUCACUGGUCAAAUAGUUUGCCCAUCUGACAUCCCUAUCUUGCAGUACAGUUUUUGUUUCAUUGGGCGUUGUGCAUUGGGACCAUUGAAUAAUCAAUGAAGAAUGUGUGAACAAAUAUUACCUGAGGAUACAAAAGACAGGUGGAGAUCACUUAAUCAAAAAGUAUUAGCUCAGUAACCAGGGGCUCCAGACUUUCAAAAAGAGCCACAGGGGAAAUGAUGAGAAUCUUUUCCUGCAUGAAUUGUGAUGAUUUGGAGUUCAUUGAUUGAAAGGGUGUUGGAUUUAGUUGUAACGUUAAAAUGGUGAAUGGUAAGAACAAGACAAGAAAAUGAUGCAAUGUGAUGAGGAAAGAGAAGAGGUUAUGGAGCUCUUUCAGAGCCUAUCUAGGUCCAAAUGACUUCAUUCUGUGCUGCAAAAACCUUCAAGACAGGUCACUUCAUUUAGAGCAUUAACUGGAGGAGAAGGUGAGGAAUAAAGGGGAAAUGUACAUAAUGCACGGAGUGAGGCAGCUGAUGGCAAUAAAAGCUUGUAAGCCCACUUUUAGGAAGCUGGAGAAUGAUGAAACUGCUGGCAGACUUACAAAGAUCAGGCUGCAAAAAGAAGGCACCAGACCGGCAGAAAGCAAACAAUCAGCUCCAGAGUGAAACCAAGUGGAGAGACAACAAAUGUGGAAAGAAUGAUGAUGGGGACAAGGUGGAAUAGUAAUUUUAGACAGUAUUAAUUAAUGACAAGGAAAGUUGUAGGAGGUGAUACUUGUGGUGCAUAACUGUACCCAGGCAAACUGAUCCAUGAGAUCAUUGUUGCAAAUGUUCUGAGGUGUUGUGCUGAAAUAUAUUCAUAUUAUGCAUGCCUUCUGGAGAGUGGUUUGUUUUUAGCAGGUAGUCAGGGUCCUGUCUGAUCCUUCAAACCUUUGCUUAACAUAUUUGAUGCAUAAUCUUGCCUUGCAGUCAAGUGUAUUGGCAAGGCACAAAUCCACUUGCUGAGCACAUCUAUGACUGAAUUUUCAAAAUACCUUGCAUGAAAUAAAAAUUUUGCAAUUUAUACUUACUGCCACUAAACAUCUGAGUUUUGAAUUCUUUUAACUGAUUACGAAAAAUGCAAUUUGACUGACAUACACAAUUUUAAAAUAUGAUAUAUAUAUAACAGAUGACAUGUAUAAAGGCUGCUUACUCCAUAUGGCAGCAUUGUAAUUGCAAUCAAAAUGGGACAAAUUUAUAUGAACCCAUGCAUUGAAGAACUGACUAUCAGGUAUAUCACUAGUGUUCCAAUCUGACACUCUGUUGAAGUCGCUGCUGAAAUAUGGAUCUCAUAGUUUCCACCCUAUGAGUUAGCUUAAAUAUUACCCCACAGUGUUUAUAUUUCUGGUUCUCAGAACAUCUGGAGCCGUUACUUUUCCACUUGUUACUGAUUUGCACAACAAUAAUGCACUUUAAAGGGUUAUCAUCAUGAUACUGGGCAUUGUGAAAGUCAAAGUCGAGUUUAUUGUCAUUCUUGCAAUCUUAUUCAUACUAAAAACUGAUACUAAAAACUUACUUGCAGCAGCAUCACAGGCACAUAGCACCUUAUAAGCAGCAUUCACAAGUAAAACAUAAAUUAAACAUAAAUUAUACACAAUUUUUACAAGAAAGAACACAAUUAGAACAAAAAACACAAAGUCCAUUGUAGUGCAAACUGAUCAUAGUGUUGCUAAACUGUAGUGAUUACGGUUGUGCCAGUUGAUUCAAGAUCCGAGUGCUUAAAGGAAGUAGCUGUUCUCGAAUCUGGUGGUGUGGGACUUCUGUACAAUGUGAUAUACUGUAGUCUGUAAUUUAACAUAUAGCAUGAGCCAUCUGCUGGAGGACAAGGAAUCUGAUUGCAACAUUUGAUAUAUCACACUUGCUGGGAACAGGGGAAUGGGAGAGGUACAUUCAGACCCUCAAGGGCUGUUCCAGCAUUCAGAUACAUCAUGGUUGAUCCAUAUCUCAUCUUCUUCUACCUGCUUUGAUUGCAUAAACCUUAAUACCUUAAUAACCACAGCCUCAAACAGCUUGGAGGGUUGGGAAAGUUCCAUAUUUCCAUUAGCUUUUGUGAAGAACAGCUUCCUGACAUCACCAUUGCUGGGAAAAUAUUACCGCUGACUAUCAAAUAACCACUUCUCUACUGCUGUCCUACACACUCUGAGCUUCACUUCAGUUCACCUUUCUGUCUGUGAUGGAAAAAACCAUACCACCCACGCUUCAUAAUAACACAGAUCACAGUGUCUAGCUUUGAAUGUUGCUGUCACAGAGCAGAACGUCUGUGUAUAACCAUGAAAUGUCAGGGAUCUGUUCAUUAUAAAUAUUGCUCACAGUAAGACCAUUGUUAGCCAAAUGUCCAGCAUUCUGGAUGGUGGGAUUGUUGAAAAGUGUUUUAACAAGGGAUGUGGCCUUAUCCGCUGUGAUACUAUUAAAGGGCUUCACUGGUUUUUCAGAAGAGUGAAAGUGAGCGUAGGAUCACAAAAUAUUUUUGUUUUUUUGUUGUUUGCAGAAUUCUCAUGUUUGGUGGUAAAAUGCAGCCCAAGUUACUGAGAAUAAAACCAGAAAACACAUACCUUAAUUCUGACACACUCUUUGGAAAGGGUCAGUAUAUCAUCUUCCUGACUGGCCCUCCUCCUGUCUGUCUCCACAGUCCUUGGACCUAUACCCUGGGAGAUCUGCUCUCCCCUCCUCCCCCUUUCUCCCCUUCUGCCUAUCAUCCCUUCCCCAACACACACACUUUUUACUCCCCAGCUACCCACUGCUGUCUCUCACCUGCUUCUACCUAUCACUGCCUUGUGCCCACCCUCUCUCCUGUCCACGUAUCACUGCUCUGAUUCCCCCCCUUUAUUUGUUGGGCUUCCCACUCUCCUGUCUUCAGUUCUGAAGAAGGGUCCUGACCCAAAACAUUGACUGUCUGCUUUUCUCAAUGGAUGUGCAUAGCCUGCUGAGUUCCUCCAGCUUUUUGUCUGUUUUUUUGAUGAAGAGUUGGUGUGGUUGAUAUAAUAAGUGGACACAAUGGGAAUAAACAAAACGGUUGGAUUGAAUAGUCCAUCAGCUGUAGAAAAGAAAGCUGACAAAAUUUAUCAAUCAAAGCAGUUUUUAUGAUCCACGCGUUUACAAUUACAAUGUUUAAAGGACAUUUGGACAGGUACAUGUUAGGCAGGCAAAUGGGACUAACUUGGGUAGCCACCUUGGUUGCCAAAGGGCCUGUUUUCUUGCUGUAUUACUCUAUGACUCUAUCAUCUAUGUCUGAAAGGGAAAUGAAAGCAAGUUCAGUUAUAACUUUCAAUUGUAUCACAACUGCAAAGGAACGUUUACAGAACUGGGGUGUGGGAGAGAAGCGGGGGAGACAGAAUUACUGGCCAAAGAACCAGCACAGGUUCAGUGAUCCCAUGAAAAGGAGAAUUCUGGCACCAAGUACUAAUUUGUGCCCAAAACAGACAGAACUCCCUGCCUGACAUUGUAAGCAUCUCUGCAGUAAUGACCUUCCUCCACUAGGUGUCACAAACAGAUUUUAACAACGGCCACAAACUGACAAUUGUUCAUUUUAUCUCGGCUACAAGUUAACUUGCUCUUCACCACAUACUUGGAAUCCUUUGAAUUAAGUUGGUCUUGAGGUCGCUGAAAUUUGUUUAAAAAAUUUUUCACAGUAUUUUUGUUUAGAAAGGCACUUGGACAAAUGUGUCUGGAAAACAAUAGCAAUAAAUGAGCUGCCAGAGGAAGUGGUUGAGGCAGGUGCAUUAACAACAUUUAAAAGAUACUUGGACAGCUACAUGGAUAGGAAAGGUUUAGAGGGACAAACGCAGGCAAAUGGGACCAGGUUAGAUGGGCGUCUUGGUUGCUGUGGACCAGUUGGGCCGAAUGGCCUGUACUGUGCUGUAUAACUCUAUGACUCUAAGUUUUAAGUGAUUGAUGUCCCUUGCAUUUAAUACAAAAUUUCAGAGACUAUGUAGAGGUGAGCACAGCAAAGCAGGCAGUACAGAAACUGUAGGUUACAUGAUGUAGCAAUGCAAAGGCUUUCAGCAGCCUGUGUGUUUUGAGAGGUGCAUAAAGACUACAACAUUGUGCAUGUAAUUAGGGUGCAUGGUUGAAGCACAUUCAGAUGUUGUUUAGAAAUACUACAAAAACUCUAUCCAACUGGCAAGCGGUACUGCCACAACUGACAAGAGAUGCCAGUUCUGUGCACAGAGGGUUCUGAGUGUGGACUGAAUAACUUUGAAAGUUAACUCUCCCCAGUUUCCAUUUCCUUUCCUCCCCUCCCCACUCCGUGUUCUCCCCCUCCAAUCUCCUGUCCAUCUCCCCUUCCAUCACCUGUCCUCCCAUCCUGCUCCAAUCCAUUAUUCCCUAUUCCUUGGCCUCUUCCUCUGCUCUUUGCUUUCCUGCCCCGUCUCCAAGGUUCUGUCCUUUGCCCGUGCCAUCCAGGCAAAUUAAGAGAAAGGGCAGGGGAUGGCUGUUGUACAUGUGCACAGCCACAACACCUUGUGGACAUCCUUGGCUCUUUUGGGGAGCUCCCCAAGCACAGAAGCGAGCUUAUAGAUCUGCUUAAUUGUUGAUGGGGGCGGGGGCUGUCAUGAAUAAAGAAACAAUGUUUGCCAGGUAACAUGGUACCUGGGGACUAGGAAACAGACAUUUACCCUGGGGUAAGGGGUCUCCUCAUCUACAUUGACCAGGACUUCACUCCCUUACGACUGAAACCUGGUAACUUUCCUUAAGUUCUCAAGUAUGAAAUCUGACACAUUGUAAACCGUUUCUAAGCAUGUAAUUGUUGAAUGCUGUGAAGGAAUCAUUGAGACAAAGUUAAAGGAAUCCUCUUGCAAAAAUCUUCUCUUUCUGAUUUUUCUUUACGAUGGUGAAGGAGGCCAUUUGGCCCAUCUAGUUCAUGCUGGCUCUCAGAGCAAUCCCAUCAAUCUCGUUCCGAACUUAUUCCCUCAAACCUAUUCUCUCUCAAACGUCCAUCAGCUCAGGAAAGCUGAUAGAUGAUCAGGAAAGAUGUUAUUAAACUGGAAAGAGUGCUGCAAUGAUUUACAAGGAUGUUGCCAGGACUUGAACUGAGUUACAGGGAGAGGUUGGACAGGCCAGGACUUUGUUCCUUGGAGUGUAGGAGACUGAGAGGUGAUCUUAUAAAGGUGUAUAAAAUCAUGAGGGGCGAGAUGGGGUGAAUGCUCUCGGUCUUUUUCCCUGGGGUGGGGAAUCAAGAACCAGAGAGCAUAGAUUUAAGGUAAGAGGGGAAGGGUUUAAUAGGAACUUGAGGGGCAACUUUUUUUACACGGAGGGUGGUAUGUAUGCGGAAUGAGCCUGCCAGAGGAAGUAGUUGAGACAGGUACAAUAGUAACUUUUAAAAGACAGUUGAACAGGUCCAUGGAUAGGAAAAGUUUUGAAGCUUAUCAGCCAAACGCUGGCAAAUAGGACAAGCUUGGUGCAUCUUGGUCACCAUGGACCAGUUGGGCUGUAUGACUCCCUGUCCACCGACACCAGUGAAAAUUUACAGGAGCCAAUUAACAUAUCGGCACAUCUCUGGAAUGUGGGAGGAAACAGCAGCACUCAGGAGAGAAUGUGUAAAUUCCACACAGACAGCAACGGAGGUCAGGAUCAAACUGGGCUCCUCCAGCUCUCUCGAGUAUCAUUUCUCCAAAUCUUUCUCUGUCGAGGUUAUUACCUCUCCAUGAGUGAUUCAAGUAUCUUGAUUAGUAUCAUAACAUCCACAUAGAAUUUACAGCAUGCAAACUAGGCCAUUUAGCCUCUAUUUCUGCUCCUCAAGGACUCCGCUGAUUUCAUCACCUUUAAUUAACAAAUCCUCCUUUAAUUAUUUUGAUGACCAAUUGUCCAAUUAUUAGGAAGGGUUUAGUAGCUCAUUGCAUGUGCCAGCACGGUAGAUGAAACAAAUGGAAGUAAUAUAUGCAGUUGCACAAUGGAUUCAACUCUCACUUGGGACUGGGACUGGGUUAUUUCUCUGCUCACUGACAGGCCAAGAAGGUCGUAAAUUGGAUCUCAUGCUGAGUUAGAGGGUUACAGCUGGUGCGGCAAUUGUUGAUGUCCCAAUUUGCCUCAGUGCCUCGAGUGAUCCCACCCACACUGCAAAGUGUACGUGUUGUCUGGAGCGGGGCAGGGUACAUUUGAUGAGGACGGAACUGAGUGCAGCAGCAAUGGCCUCUGCAGUCAUUAAGUUGGGACUCCCUUCAUGGCUCUCAAAAGCUGAAAAGCCCCUUGAACAAGCACCUGGAGAGCUUCUGGGAACUCCAGCUCCAGCAUCAGCAAGUGCCUUGAGGGAUUACAAACUAAUGUAUAUAAUCAGAACCUGCCUCCUGGGACAGAACAUCACUACUGCCGCCAUCAAUUGGACUCCUAAAAAUUCGACAUCACGUUCUGUACAGAUAUUUGGUUUACAGAUGAAAGAUUUCACAGGAACAAACCCCUUCCUAUGAGAUCAAAAAUUCUAGAUUGGGAAGUCCUUGGAGAGCUAAUUUUAACCUAACUGGCCAAGCAGGAAAUCCCGGGAAUGGCUGGUUUUACAUCCCUGUUGACCUCAAUUGAGACUAAAAUUGGGCAGGAGCAACUUGUACAGCUCCCCAACUUGGGAAAAAACAUCCUGUGGUGUUUCAUAGGAGUGUUAGCAAACAAGAUUUGACACCCAGCAACAUAAGGAGAUGCCAGGCAGGACAGGUGGCCAAGAGCUCAGACAAAGAGGAAAGUUUUAAGAGUGCAUUAGAAGAGGACAUAGGAGAGAUUUUGGAAUAGGAAUCCUGGAGCUUAUUUAGAGUCUGGAAUCCUGAAGAUAUCCAUCAAUAGUGGAAUGAUGAAUGUCAAGAAUGUGGAGGAGUGCAGGCAGGGGGCAAAACCACCUCUAAUUUCCCGAUGGACAGAUGAGGUUAUUCGCCCCCAUGUUUUUGUCGGUUGCUUUUCCACUGUCAGGUCUUUAAGUAAUUCUGAAGUGCGAUACUUGGUCCAUGAGUGCUGCUCAGCCCUAGCUGUGCAAUAUGUCAAUUUAUACCUUAUUAUUAGAUAUUUUAAUGUAAGAAAACUGCUAGAUGUAGUAACAAGAUGAAUUAAUGUAUUGUUUUUUCUUAUCUUGAAUUGAUAAUUGCUGUUAGAUAUUUUCAUUGCGAAGAAAUAUUUUUGUACCGGUUUGGUGUUGCUUAUGUAUUGCUGGACAGAGAACUAGGAAGUGGA